AUGGAGAUCCGUCGCGCAGGCCAGACCAAGAGUAUGCCCACGAUCGUGGCGAGGGACAUCAGCCUACAAGUCGAAGAGUCAGCUUCUGCGCGGACGCGUAUCGAUGAUACAGACCCUGGCAUCGCCUUUUCGCCCGGCACUUCGCCCUACGUCGACCAGGAGAAGUCGUCUUGGGUCGUUGUCCAGGACGAUGCGGCUCGCAAUGGCUCGGCUGUCAUGUCGAGCAAGCCGGACGCGCAGCUCACUUUCACCUUUCCCGGCGACUCUCUCGCGAUCGGCAUGCUCUACAAGGCCGCCGGAGCCAGCGCCAAGCUGACUCUUGAGGAUGGCAAGACAUAUGCGCUGGUUAUCACUGCCGCAGAGGCCGCUGCAUCGGCUCCCAACGGCGAUAAAGAAGCACUGCAGAAGAAGACCUUCCACCUCGAGGGGUUCGCCUGCACGAACCACACCGCGACUCUGUCUGUCGAUCCCAUCUCUGACGGCAAAACAGGUGAUGCUAAUCCGGCACCGAUCUACUUUGACGGGGCUAGCUUCCCUUCCGCAGACAGCCCUGAUGCUUGCACUCCGAGCACCACUUCUGUAGAUCCAGAUUCCACCGCCAAUGCGUCUGGCAUUACGGACUCGGACUCGUCGUCCUUGACCGACCACACGUCAGAGUACGCCGGUAUCGGAGCUGGUGCCGCCAUUUUGGGCUUCAUUACCGCGCUCUUUGCGAUCCUACUUUAUCGUCGCCAUAAGCGACGCAAAGCCGCUCCUAUCGACCCGCCUGACCACUCAUACAGAACCGAGCGAGGAGAGGCGAGCCUCGACAAGCUCGAAAUGCCGUUCAGCACGAUGCAGCAUCCAGCAACGCUUAACCUGGAGACUGAGCCCGUUUUCAGGCCUAGAGGUAUCCAUGCUCUCGCUCAGGACGAGUCGUUCAGUAGCGUGCAGACCAGCAUCCCUCCGAGCUUCGCGGAUAGCCCAUCGAAGCACACAAUCUUCCCUCUGAUGCCAUUUUCGUCUGCAGAACACAUAGAGAAGAUCGACGACGGUGGGGAUGAUAGAGGGAAAUCUCUGCUGGACGUCAAGUCUGAUCCUCCUAUGGCACGUCGAGAGCAUCGACGCAGCGACUCCAAGCUGCAAUACGAGAAAAGGAGAGUCUUGUUGGCCUCGCUUUCCCAGGGCAACUUGAAAGACAGCGCAUCGCCUGCCUUUGUAGGUCAAGAGGCAAUCGAACGAAUGCCACAAGACUCUUCAACGCCGCGCAGCCUGUCUGUCUCUAGGGCUAAGGCUACGAAGGUGGUCUCUUCGGCCAAGUCGCCUCAUCGCCCAAACACCGCUUCUGCCGUCGACCGCAUCAAGGCCGAAGCGCGCCAGCUCGACAUUCGACGCACACUCUCGCCUUUUGAGCGCAGCCGACCCGCCACUGCCUCCAGCCCAGCCCCUUCUCAACCGCAUCACGACGAACCUAACGUGACUACCAUCUCGGUCGUCGCUAUUCCUGUGAACGAUCGAUUCCGACGCAAGUCGACCGGGUCCGAUGACACAGAUUGGUCGCGCGCCUCCGUCAACGAAUCGGCGCUUGAUACGGAGAAAGGCAAUAUGUCGUCCAAUGGCCAGCUCGAGAUGAUCAAGGUGGACAAGACGACCGACAGCGAGGCCGAAAUGUGGAUCAGCAAGAGGGUCAAGAGGAGGAACUCGACGAGCGGUGUGACACCACCCAAGCGGCCGCCCAAGUCGCCCUAUCGGCCGUCGACAGGCGGAGGUCGUCCUAAGACCGUUUCGUACGCUAAUCCCGCUGCCCAUUGA